GGUAGUGUUGUAUUGUAUUCGGCGGGACAGUAAGUGAUUUACCAAUGGAUUUACUCUCUAUGGAUUGACUUAAUCUAGAAACUUUCAACUUUUAGUAAGCUGUUAAAAACAGGUUGCUCAUUAUGUUCCUCCAGAUAAUACAUGAUGAGUAACGUAACAAAAUACAACUGAGCCUGAGCGAGGACAUUGCUAGUUAGCCAACAAGGUGCUACCAGUAGUAACUGAGGCAGUUGUGAGCUGUCAACACAGGGAUCAUGUGCUCCUUGGCGUUCUUCCCCCCUCCGCUGUCCCCUGGAAAGAUCACUCUCUGUGAGACCAACAACGAGCUGGUGUCCACGGAGAGCUGUCAAAAACAGGACUAUGGUCCCUUGAGUCUUUACUUUCCCCGGGAGUCGCUGAAGCCACACAGUCGGACAGAGAACAGCAGCAAGGCGGCCUUCCUGCAGCACUCAGAGACACUGUGGAUCAGGAGCGCCACGUCAUGGCGGGAGGCAGGGCUCACCGGGCUUCUAGAAGAAAUCGUCAACUCAAGCACAGAGGCACCCAAGUGGCUCUCUGUGAGUUCGGGCUGUGUCCUGGCUCUGCUCCAGAGGGUCUCGUCCCUCCACGGCGCCCUGUUCCCCCACCUCAAGUUGAGCAGUGAGAACAUGAUUGCAGAGUUCUCCCAGGUGCUGAACUGGUCAGACUGUGCAGUGCGCGCCUUUGCCUGGCAUCCUCAUACAGAAAAGUUUGCUGUGGCUCUAUUGGACGAUUCAAUCAAGAUCUACAAUCCCAAGAGUGCCACGCCGCCCACCCUGAAGCACCGGCUGCAGAGGAGCGUGGCGAGCGUGCAGUGGAAGCCGCUGUGUGCGUCCGCGCUGGCGGUGGCCUGUCAGACCUGCCUGCUGGUCUGGCACGUGGACCCCUGCUCGCUGUCCAUCAGGCCGUCCUCUGGCUGUGCCCAGGUCCUGUCUCACCCGGGCCACUCCCCGGUCACCUCCAUCGCCUGGUCUCCCAGCGGGUCCCUCCUGGUGUCGGCCUCCCCCGUGGACACAUCCAUGAUGGUGUGGGACGUCGCGGCGGAGAGCAGCGUGCCCCUCCAGCGUGUGGGCGGGGGGGGGGUGUCCUUCCUGUCCUGGUCCCCCGACGGCAGCCACGUCCUGGCGGCCACGCCCGCUCCUCUCUUCAGGGUCUGGGAGACCAGGAUGUGGACGUGUGAGCGCUGGCCCUGUCUCAAGGGCCGCUGUGAGUCCGGCUGCUGGAGUCCUGACGGGAGCCGCCUGCUCUUCACCAUCCAGGGGGAGGCGGUCAUCUACUCCCUGACCUUCAGCGACACGACGGGAACUAUGAAGGGAUCGAAGGCUGCAGCGAUCGUGGCCGACCUAUCAGAGACGACCUUCACAACGCCCGCGGGUGACUUCAUUGUUGGCGGUGAGGUCCAGCUGCUGGCCUGGGACCCCAGAGGAGAGAGGCUCGCAGUACUGCUCAAAGGGGAUUCUGAAGCAGCAGCCCGGCCUGCUAUGAUAGCGGUGUUCAAGACCAGAAAUGAUCCUAUUUUUGAGCUCCUGCCAUGCGGUUUCAUCCAGGGAGAGCCGGGGGCCGAGCCCAGACUGAUGCAGUUCAGCCCAAACUUCCCUCACGGAGCCAUGCUCACCGUGUGUUGGUCCAACGGUAGGAUCACCCACGUGCCUUUCUAUUUCCUGAGUGCCGGCGUUCCCCACCUGGGUCUUAAUGGGAGUCCCGCCAUGCCACAGCCGGAGGAACGGCUCGUGGACUACGGCAACAGCACCCUGUUCACAGAGCUCUGCUCCUGACCACACACACACACACACACACACACACACACACACACACACACACACACACACACACACACACACACACACACACACACACACACACACACACCCCCCCCCUCCUUCCUGCCCAAUGCCAAACCGUUUAUAUACAGUGGUCAAUUCAUAAGAAUUUCUCAAGGCUCAUCCAUUUGUAUUCAAAUGUCACCUUGCAGUUUUUUGACAAUUAAUUUAGUUAGCGAUAGUAAUAAAAUACAUUUUUGAAUUUGA